CUGACGUGGCGUGUGCGGGGCCGCGCGGGUUCGGGGUUGCCAGGCCCGUCUGCCGCCUCCCCUCUCCAGUGAUCAUCACAUCCGAGGACCAUGCUGCCCCUAUGAUCCUGCCUGUCAGCCCAGGGCCAGUGAACCGGGACCAGCGGGAUCCUGGGGACCCCGGGAUCUGCAGUCGAGGUCGUCCACACCCGAGGCUCCGAGCAGGGUUGAAUAGGAGGGGCACAGCCCCAUUUCCUGUCUGUGGCUCGGUGACGACCCGAGGGGCUGUUUGGGGAGAGGGUUGGAGAAGAUGAAUGUUGAAGAAAGGAGCCUUGCAUGACUAGGUGAAAAUGAGUUCUUCAGUAAGAAGAAAAGGCAAGCCAGGCAAAGGGGAUGGAAAGGGAUCUUCUAGAGGAGGAAGAGGAGGCAAAGGUCACAUGAAUAAAUCUCAUGGGGGUGGAGGUGGUGGCGGCGGUGGCUGCGGCGGUGGCGGUGGCAGUAGAAAGGCCUCAAAUAGAAUUUGGGAUGAUGGCGAUGACUUUUGUGUCUUCACUGAAUCCAAGCGCCCGUCCAGGCCCUGCGACAGUAACAAAAGCAAAGGAGAGACACGGCCUAAGUGGAAGCCCAAAGCCAAAGUGCCCCUCCAGACGCUGCACAUGACAUCAGAGAAUCAGGAGAAGGUGAAAGCCCUCCUGAGGGACCUGCAGGAACAGGGUGCGGACGCGGGAUCCGAAAGAGGCACCUCUGGGGAGGAGGAAGACGACGAGACGGAGCGUGCUGAGGAGCAGUGCUGGCCAGCUGGGCAGGAGCCUAUCUUCCUUCCUGAUUCCAGUCCUUGGGAAUAUAUAGGCCCAGAAGAAGUGGAGCCUCCUAUUCCAGAAUUUGCAGUCUCGCCAUUGGCAGUGCAAAAACUUUCCAGGUAUGGCUUCCACACUGAGCACUGUCAGCUGGCCCUGAGGAUCUGUGAUGGAGACUUAGGGGCGGCACUGGAGCAUCUUCUCCACCAGUGUUUCUCGGAGAUGUUUGGAGAGAGGAUGGCGCUCUCCGAGGCAGCUGUUUAUGUCAGCCUGAGUGAGUGUGUGGAGCAGAGACAGGAAGAGGCGCUUGCUCUCAAGUCCAUCUGUGGAGAAAAAUUUAUAGAAAGGAUUCAGAACAGAGUCUGGACCAUUGGGUUGGAACUGGAAUAUUUGACAAACAAAUUCUGCAAGUCUAAGCAAAAGGAGAGGAGCAAAAAUGCACGGGACACUUCACCUGAGACCUGUAAAUUUUACCUCAAAGGAAAUUGUAAAUUUGGAUCAAAAUGCAAAUUCAAACAUGAAGUGCCCCCACAUCAAAUCAUUGGGAGAGCAGAGAGAAACGUAGAUGACUCUCAUCUUGAUGCUGAUGACGACACGAGUUUUGUGUAUGAGCUUCAGAUACGCUUUUCUAAAGACCACAAAUACCCCUACCAAGCUCCCUUGGUGGCAUUCUGUUCCACCAAUGAGAACCUACCUCUGGCUUGUCGUUUACAUAUUUCUGAGUUCCUUUAUGGCAAGGCCUUGGAAUUUGCAAAAACUUCAGAACCUGUUGUAUAUUCUUUGAUAACCCUUUUAGAGGAAGAGUCUGAGAUUGUCAAGUUACUAACGCACACUCAACAUAAGUAUAGUGUUCCUCCUGUGGCCGUCCCUCCAGGACCUUCCGAGACCAGGAUAAGUAAACCUGCUUACCGCAGGCCAGUCAUCCCGAGUAACACUUUCCUUUCUAAUCAAAUGCUAGAAGGGGAAAGGUUAUCAGAACUGGAGGAGGAUGCGGAUGCGGAUGAGGGACCCGCACCGAUAAUCGUGGAGAACGAGAGCUAUGUGAACCUGAAGAAACGGAGUUACAAAAAAUAUGACCGGCCAUCAAAGUCCCUGUUUGCUGAGAACAGUAAGAUCUGCAGGCAGUUCCAGAUGAAACAGGCUUCCAGACAGUUCCACGCAAUUCUGCAAGAAAGACAGUUACUACCUGCUUGGGAAGAAAGAGAAACCAUUCUUAAACUGUUGAGCAAGCACCAAGUGGUUGUCAUAAGUGGUAUGACUGGAUGUGGGAAAACCACACAGAUUCCACAGUUUAUUCUGGAUAACUCUCUGAAUGGGCCACCUGAGAGGGUGGCAAACAUCAUCUGUACCCAACCCCGACGAAUCUCUGCAAUCUCUGUUGCUGAACGUGUUGCUAAAGAAAGAGCAGAAAGGGUGGGUCUGACCGUGGGAUACCAGAUUCGGUUGGAAAGUGUCAAGUCCUCAGCCACCAGACUGUUAUACUGCACCACAGGAGUGCUGCUGAGGAGGCUAGAAGGAGAUGCGACCUUGCAGGGGGUCACCCACAUCAUUGUUGAUGAAGUUCAUGAGAGGACGGAAGAAAGUGACUUCUUACUGCUAGUUUUGAAGGACAUUGUGAUGCAGAGAGCCACCCUCCAGGUCAUUCUGAUGAGUGCGACUCUGGACGCUGGGCUCUUCUCCAAGUAUUUCAGCUACUGCCCAGUCAUCACCAUACCAGGUCGUGCAUUUCCUGUUGAUCAAUUUUUUCUGGAGGAUGCACUUGCUGUGACGAGGUAUGUGUUACAGGACGGGAGCCCAUAUAUGCGUUCCAUGAAACAGAUUGCAAAGGAAAAGCUUAAAGCCAGGCACAACAGAACCGCACUGGAGGAGGUAGAGGAAGACCUGAGGCUGUCCCUUCAUCUCCAGGAUGAGGAGGAGUCUGUCAAAGAUACGAUACCUGAUCAGCAGUUAGAUUUCAAGCAGCUCUUGAUCCGUUAUAAAGGGGUGAGCAAGUCAGUCAUCAAGACAAUGUCUGUGAUGGAUUUUGAAAAGGUCAACCUUGAAUUAAUAGAGGCCUUGUUAGAGUGGAUUGUAGACGGCAAGCACUCCUACCCCCCAGGUGCUAUACUUGUGUUCUUACCAGGGCUAGCAGAAAUCAAGAUGCUUUACGAGCAGCUACAGUCUAACUCUCUUUUCAACAACAGACGCAGUCACCGGUGUGUCAUUCACCCGCUCCACUCCUCCUUGUCCAGUGAAGAGCAGCAGGCGGUAUUUGCGAAACCUCCCAUCGGUGUAACCAAGAUUAUCAUUUCCACCAACAUUGCUGAGACAUCCGUAACCAUUGAUGAUGUUGUUUAUGUCAUUGAUUCUGGGAAGAUGAAAGAAAAGAGAUACGACGCUGGCAAAGGAAUGGAAAGUCUAGAGGACACAUUCGUGUCUCAGGCCAACGCUCUGCAGAGAAAAGGCCGAGCUGGCCGAGUUGCAUCUGGAGUCUGUUUCCAUUUGUUCACGAGCCACCACUACAACCACCAGCUUCUGAAGCAGCAGCUCCCAGAAAUCCAAAGAGUGCCCCUGGAACAGCUGUGCCUCAGAAUUAAAAUUUUAGAAAUGUUUAGUACUCAUAAUCUCCAGUCUGUGUUCUCUCGGCUCCUUGAACCUCCACAUAUUGAUUCUCUGCGUGCCUCAAAAGUGCGGUUGCGAGACUUGGGGGCCUUGACUGCAGAUGAAAAGCUGACUCCUCUGGGUUACCACUUGGCCUCUCUGCCGGUGGACGUGAGGAUCGGCAAACUGAUGCUGUUAGGAUCCAUCUUCCGCUGCCUGGACCCUGCUCUCACCAUUGCUGCCAGCUUGGCUUUCAAGUCCCCUUUUGUGUCUCCCUGGGAUAAAAAAGAAGAGGCUAAUCAGAAAAAGCUGGAAUUUGCAUUUGCAAACAGUGAUUACCUGGCUCUUCUAUGCGCAUAUAAGGGUUGGCAGCUGAGUACAAAAGAAAGCGCACGAGCAAGUUACAAUUACUGCAGACAGAAUUUCCUGUCUGGGAGAACCCUGCAAGAAAUGGCCAGCCUCAAACGGCAGUUCACUGAGCUGCUGUCCGACAUAGGGUUUGUAAAAGAAGGACUCCGCGCAAAAGAAAUUGAAAAAAGAGCCCAAGGAGGAGAUGGCGUCCUGGAUGCCACAGGAGAGGAGGCUAACACGAAUGCUGAGAACCCCAAGCUGAUAUCAGCAGUGCUGUGUGCCGCUCUGUAUCCAAAUGUAGUGCAGGUCAAGACCCCAGAAGGAAAGUUCCAGAAGACCAGUUCUGGAGUCGUCAGACUGCAGCCAAAGUCAGCUGAGCUGAAGUUUGUUACCAAGAAUGAUGGAUACGUCCACAUUCACCCUUCCUCGGUGAACUAUCAGGUCAGACACUUCGACAGCCCCUACCUGUUGUACCAUGAGAAAAUCAAAACCAGCCGGGUGUUUAUCCGAGACUGCAGCAUGGUGUCUGUGUACCCCCUGGUCUUGUUUGGAGGGGGCCAAGUAAACGUGCAGCUUCAAAGAGGGGCGUUCGUGGUCUCCCUGGACGAUGGCUGGAUCCGCUUUGUGGCUGCCUCCCAUCAGGUGGCCGAACUGGUGAAGGAACUCCGCUGCGAGCUUGACCAGCUCCUCCAGGAUAAAAUUAAAAACCCGAGCAUGGACCUGUGUACCUGUCCCAGAGGCUCUCGGAUCAUCAGCAUGAUUGUGAAGCUCAUCACCACACAGUGAAGACUGGUCUGGGCUGCCGGGCUGCCGCACGCACACGCGCUUCACCUCUGUCCCCCGCAGGGCACAGGGGCACUCCUACCUCCCACGGAAGACUGACCUGGGGCUGCCCCUGGGAUGCAGAGCUGGGGCCCCACCACCCAAAGGACAGUCUCCACACUGGUGUUUCUGAAAACGUGGGACACUCCCAGCACAAUUUCGAGUGUCAGUGGUAGGACAGUCUAAAACCCAGCCUGUCUUUUUGUGACUGUACCAAACUGAAUGCAAUUCACCUCAUCACUCAAAACUGAAUGUUUAAUACAAUUCUGUCUUAAUCUAUGUAUUCUUUUCCUCCUGUUUUUUAUUAUGCAUUGUCUAUACUUAAUUGAUGAUUCUUUUCUUUUGUUUUUUACUGGGCAUGAGGAGAAAUGUUUGGUUUGGCUUUCCCCAUCAUAAUAAAGGCUCACCUGAGAGAACUCAAAGGAGAGGAAGAAAGAAAUCAUGUGAUUAAGAAAAAUAAAACUUGCAUUUUAGACCUGG